AUGUCUGCCGUUAGUCGGAGUCUCCGGACGGCCACCAAGCAGCUGCGCUUCCAGUCCCGGGGCCUUCGUGUCGCCGCCCCUCUCGUGGCCCGCUCGGCAUUCGGCGCCGCUCGCUCGUCGACUCCCGCAUCGUACAGCGCCUUCUCAACAUCCGUUGCCAGAUCCUCCGGAGCUCCCAACAUGGCCGCCGCUCCCCGUGAAUACGAUCCUGAGAUCAAGGACAUUGCCGACUAUGUCGCCAACAAGACCAUUGAUUCUGAGCUUGCCUUCGACACUGCUCGAUGGAUCCUCCUCGACACCCUCGGCUGCGGUCUCGAGGGCCUGAGGUUCAAGGAGUGCUCCAAGCUCCUCGGCCCCAUUGUCCCCGGCACCGUCGUCCCCAACGGCCCCAAGGUGCCCGGCACCCCCUUCCAGCUUGACCCCGUCAACGCCGCCUUCAACAUCGGCGCCAUGAUCCGGUGGCUCGACUUCAACGACUGCUGGCUCGCCGCCGAGUGGGGUCACCCCUCGGACAACCUCGGUGCCAUCCUCGCCGUCGCCGACUGGGUGAACCGCACCAACAAGGCUGGUGGUAACCUCGCUGGCGGCAAGAUCUUCACCGUCAAGGACGUCCUUGAGGGCAUGAUCAAGGCCCACGAGAUCCAGGGCUGCCUGGCUCUCCUCAACUCUUACAACAAGGUUGGCCUGGACCACGUCGUCCUCGUCAAGGUCGCCUCCACCGCCGUCGUCUCCAAGAUGCUCGGCCUCAGCGAGAAGCAGAUUGCCGACGCCGUCACUCAGGCCUGGGUUGAUGGCCAGAGUCUGCGAACCUACCGUCACUCCCCCAACACCAUGUCCCGAAAGUCGUGGGCUGCUGGUGAUGCUUGCCAGCGUGCCGUGAAUCUCGCUCUCAAGGUCAUGAAGGGUGAGCAGGGUGUCCCCACCGUCCUGUCCGCUCCCGUCUGGGGCUUCUACGAUGUCCUCUUCAAGGGCAACAAGUUCGAGUUCCAGCGUCCCUAUGGCAGCUAUGUCAUGGAGAACGUCCUCUUCAAGGUCUCCUACCCUGCCGAGUUCCACUCCCAGACCGCCGUCGAGGCCUCUGAGAAGAUCCACCACAUCCUCAAGGCCCAGGGCAAGUCUGCUGCCGACAUCAAGGCCAUCACCUGCCGAACCCACGAGGCCUGCAUCCGCAUCAUCGACAAGCAGUUCAAGCCCAUGGACAACUUUGCCGACCGUGACCACUGCAUCCAGUACAUGUGCGCCACCAUGCUCGUCUUCGGCCGCCUCGAGGCCACCGACUACGUUGACGGUGGCGAGGCCGCCACCUCUCCCCUGGUCGAGUCCCUCCGCCAGAAGAUCAAGUGUGUCGAGGACCCCCAGUACACCAAGGACUACCAUGACCCCAACCUGCGAACCAUCUCCAACGCCCUCACCGUCGAGCUUAACGACGGCACCGUUCUGGAGGAGGUCGCCGUCGAGGCUCCCCUGGGCCACCGUCUCCGCCGCGAGGAGGCCAAGCCCGUCAUCCUCGAGAAGUACAAGCGCCACCUCGGCCCCCACUACCCCGAGGCCAGGGUCAAGGAGCUUGUCGAGCUCAACCUGGAUGCCAAAAAGCUCGAGUCUACUCCUGUGGAUGAGUACGUUGACCUGUACACUGUUGAGAGCAGCCAGUUUGUGCAAUAA